GUCUCUUUCUCCUCCAUCAGCACUGCCACCUAGCUAACCACAGACAGCUCACUGGUGUUGGGAGCACCACAGCUUAGAGCUAGCUGGUAGCACCUGAGUUGUGCAGUGACUCAUACUCAGGGAUUAUACUAGACUCCGAGGUGCCUGGGGAACUAAGCUAGCUGAGGUUUACUAGCCCCUGGAGGGUGACGGACAGCUCUUAUCAGUACCAGAGGAGCGUGGCGUCAAGGGCGGAACUGCCGCUGCGAGCCAAAGUGCCCUCCUCUCUCUCCCUCCCUCCCUCCCUCCCUCCCUCCCUCCCUCCCUCCCUCCCUCCCUCCCUCCCUCGCCAACCCAUCUCUCAUCUGGAGGAAAAGGCCAGUCAUCGCGUGGGGACUGUGCCAGUGAGGGGGGUGACAUCAACACAAAGACUACUCUCCCCAAAACAACAAUUACACUAUCUGCAAAGAGAAGGACUAACUGAAACACAACUCUCCACUGUGAGAAUCACUGUUUCCGUGUCGAGGGAGGUUCUCCGAAGGUUUUCUGGAGGUUGUGUGACCAUUGAGUUGAGGUUUUUGUCUGGAGGUCAGUGAGUGGUACCUGCAGCCAUGUCUCCGUUCCUGCGUAUCGGCUUCUCCAGCUUCGAGAUGGACCCAGGUCUGGCCUACCAUGAAGAGGUGAUCAACCCGUACUGUGCUGUCUACAUGAAGGAGGCUAUAGACACAGAGAAGGGCCAGGUGUACAAGCAGAAGAAGCCCACCAUGUACCCUCCCUGGAGCAGCACGUUUGACGCCCAUGUCCACCAGGGCCGUGUCAUGCACGUGGUGGUGAAGGAUAAAACCGCUGAGCUAAAGUCUGAGGCCGUGGUGCAGCUGGACACCCUGGCCUCACGCUGCAAAAAGGAGAAUGGCAAGCUGGAGAUCUGGGUGGAGCUGAAGCCACAGGGUCGUCUACUCAUGGAGGCCAGAUACUACUUGGAGAAGAGUGAAACCGCAGGUGAGGGUGAGGGAGAUGGAUUUGGAGAGAGAGACAGGGAUCCGGGAGUCUUUGCCCUCCACGCACGACGCGGAGCCAUCAAACAGGCCAAGAUCCAUGAGGUCAAAUGUCAUGAGUUCAGCGCCACUUUCUUCCCCCAGCCCACCUUCUGCUCCGUCUGUAAAGAGUUUGUCUGGGGUCUGAAUAAGCAGGGUUAUCAGUGUCGACGUGAGUAUCUCUGCUCUCUCUCUCUCUCUCUCUCUCUCCCCUCAUCUUCUACCUAUUCCAUGUUCUAUCCCUACACUCCUCCAUCCUCUCUCCUGUCUACACUCUCAUCCCCCAUCCUUGGUCUUUCAGAGUGCAACGCAGCCAUCCACAAGAAAUGCAUUGACAAAAUCAUCGCCAAGUGCACUGGGUCGGCCAUCAACAGCAAAGAGACCAUGAUCCACAAGGAGCGCUUUAAGAUCGACAUGCCCCACAGGUUUAAGGUGUACAACUACAAGAGCCCCACAUUCUGUGAACACUGUGGCACGCUGCUGUGGGGACUGGCCAAGCAGGGACUCAAGUGUGAGGAGUGCGGUAUGAACGUUCAUCACAAGUGCCAGAAAAAGGUGGCCAACCUGUGUGGAGUCAACCAGAAACUGAUGGCUGAAGCCCUGGCCACGAUCGAAACUAAACAGCAGGCCAGGGGCUCCAGAGAGAGUGAGAUCUAUAGUCGAGGCGGGCCGGUGGGUGUGGGCCAGGCAGGGGUUGUGCGGGAACCUUCAGGUUUAGUGGCAGGUCUCCCCCUGACAGCAGCCACCGCUGGGCGAAAAGAGCAGCAGGGUAUAUCGUGGGACACCCCAGCGGAGGGGGUAAUGCCUGCCCCUGUGAUGGAGGAGCCUGAGAUGCUGUACGCCGUGCCCAGAAAAGAACACUUUCACAAGUUCACCCUCGACAACUUCAUCCUGCACAAGAUGCUUGGCAAAGGCAGCUUCGGCAAGGUGUUUUUGGCUGAGCUGAAGAGCAGUAGACAGUUCUUUGCGGUGAAGGCUCUGAAGAAGGACGUGGUUCUGAUGGAUGAUGAUGUGGAGUGUACCAUGGUGGAGAGGAGAGUCCUCUCCCUGGCCUGGGAACACCCCUUCCUCACACACCUCCACUGCACCUUCCAGACCACGGAGAACCUGUUCUUUGUGAUGGAGUAUCUGAACGGAGGUGACCUCAUGUUCCACAUCCAGAACUGUCACAAGUUUGACGUGCAGAGAUCGACGUUCUAUGCUGCUGAGAUUAUCUGCGGGCUCCAGUUCCUCCACUCCAAAGGCAUUGUCUAUAGGGAUCUGAAGCUGGACAACGUGUUGUUAGACUCAGAAGGCCAUAUAAAGAUAGCAGACUUUGGGAUGUGUAAGGAGAACAUGGAGGGAGAAACACGGACCUGCACCUUUUGUGGAACACCUGAUUACAUCGCCCCAGAGAUUCUGCUGGGGCAGAAGUACGGCAGCUCAGUGGACUGGUGGUCGUUCGGGGUCUUGCUGUACGAGAUGCUGACUGGCCAGUCUCCAUUCCAUGGUCGCGAUGAGGAGGAACUGUUCCAGUCCAUCAGGACAGAUGACCCCUGUUACCCCCACUGGCUGGCCAAGGACGCACGAGACAUCCUCAUCAAGCUGUUUGUGAGGGAGCCAGAGAGGAGGCUGGGUGUGAAGGGGAACAUCCGUCAACACUCCUUCUUCAAAGACACAGACUGGAACGCUCUGGAGAAACGAGAGGUGGCGCCACCCUUCAGGCCAACUGUGAAAUCCCCCAGUGACGUCAGUAACUUUGACAAGGAGUUUAUCAAUGAGAAACCCAGGUUGUCAUGUGCAGAUCGUACCCUCAUGAACAGUGUGGACCAAACCAUGUUUAACAACUUCUCCUUCGUCAACCCAGCUAUGGGCCACAUCAAAAGCCCCUGACCUGCGAUAACCUUACAGCAACCUACCAGCAACAUAUUCACAAUACAUCAACAACCAACCCACUGUACCAGCAACAUAUUCACAACCCAUCUGUAACCUUCGGACAACCUAUUCGCAACACAUCAAUUACUCAUUAUGACAACACAUCACAGACAGGAGUCAAGGACACUUACCUAACAGAUCAAUAACGUAUCCACAACCAGUCAAUAACGUAUCCACAACCAGUCAAUAACAUCUCACCUCAGCUCUUUUACACAGCCAAGGUGUACAGCCAAGGUGUACAGCAGUGGAGGCUGAUAAGGGGAGGACGGCUCAUAAUAAUGGCUGGAACAUAGAAAAUGGAAUGGCAUCAAACACGUGGAAACCAUGUGUUUGAUGUAUAUGAUACCAUUCCACUGAUUCCGCUCCAGUCAUUACCAUGAGCCAGUCCUCCCCAAUUAAGGUGCCACCAACCUCCUGUGGUGAACAGACUACUUUAGGAGUCACUACCCGAUUGCCCAGAUUGUGUGGAAUACUGAGAAUGUUGUAUUGUACUCAUAACCUGUUAUUCAGUAGUGUCUGUUUUAGCCCUGCACAUAAGUGUCUGUUCAAUCUACUUUAACCAUUUCCUGGGACAUUUUAUAUUUAAUUCUGAAAGUGUAUCAGUAGUUUUAUUAAAAAGAGCCACGGUUAGGCGGUUAAUAUAUUAAAAUGUGUUGUUUUGCCAUUGCUAUUGCUCAGAUCCAGGUAGAUUGCCACACUAUCGGACGGUGGAGUGGUUGGUUUCAGUGUACAUGGAUAUAUGAAUAGUUUAUGUUUACAUGAUACUGUGUUUUAUAAUGGUCCUUCAGAGGCUUGUGAUCGCUGUGACUAAGUUAUUAUACAAUCUAAUGACAUAGAUGAUGCCUAGAUUCAGCAGUAAUUGUUUGUUUUUAUUCUGUACAUUAAAAUCAGAUUUUUGUAAA